ACAAUUAAUCUAAGAAACCCUAGUCUCUUCUGCGGAUUUUGGCGGGAGGGACGAAAGGUGGGAGAUAGGAAAAUGUUGUUACCCGAGGACGGAGAAGCUUCGGCGGCGGAGGAGUUCAGAGUGUGGAAGAAAAACAGCCCAUACCUGUAUGACCUCGUCAUUUCUCACGCCCUCGAAUGGCCUUCGCUCACAGUCCAAUGGCUUCCCUCUUCAUCCUCCUCCCAUUCAUCCUCUUUCUCUACGAUCCAGCGCCUCGUAUUAGGCACGCACACUUCGGACGAUACGCCCAACUUCUUGUUGAUCUCAGCUGUUCAGUUCCCCUCACCUUCCCAUCUCUCCAGCGAGCCUCCGCUGAACUUGCCUUUGGCGCCGCUUCCCAACGUCCGGAUCGAACAGAGGAUCAGCCACGAGGGGGAGGUGAACCGAGCGAGGUACAUGCCACAGAAGCCUUCGCUGAUUGCAACGAAGACAUGUGGGCCGGAGGUGCACGUAUUUGACUCCGGAAAGCGGCCGAUGAUCCCGCCGGAGGGGGACACUUGCAGACCUGAUUUCGUGUUGAGAGGACAUCAAACUGAAGGUUAUGGCCUAGCAUGGAGCUCAAGAAGAGAAGGAUACCUUUUGAGUGGCUCCUAUGAUUAUAAGAUUUGUCUCUGGGACGUUGGCAUUGCUUCAAAUGAGAAGAAUCUUGAUUGCAACGCGGUCUUUGAGGCUCAUGAGGCCGCAGUUGAAGACGUUGAAUGGCACUCUGAGAAUGAUAAUAUGUUUGGUUCUGUUGGCGAUGAUCAUCGUUUGAUGCUGUGGGACUUGCGUUCAUCAAGAAAACCCGAGCAUUCACUUUUAGUUCAUGAAGACGAGGUUAACAGUUUAUCAUUUAACCCAUUUAAUGAGUGGCUUCUCGCAACUGCAUCAGCGGACACAAAUAUUAAACUAUUUGAUUUACGGAAGCUGUCAUUGGGUUUGCACACUUUCUAUAAUCACACAGGACCUGUCCUUCAAGUUGAAUGGAGCCCUCAUCGUGAAACUUUGUUGGCCUCAUCUUCUGAGGAUAAAAAACUGAUGCUUUGGGAUCUUUGCCGAAUUGGUGAUGAGCAAACUGAAGGGGAUGCGUCGGAUGGGCCUCCAGAGCUGCUUUUUGUACAUGGAGGGCACACUGCAAAGAUAUCGGAGUUCUCCUGGAACCCUGAGGAGCCAUGGGUGAUCGCCAGCGUCGCCGAGGAUAAUAUUUUGCAGGUCUGGCAGGUGGCGGAGAGCAUAUACCGUAAUUUUUAUGACAAUGAAAGUGAUGGUGAGGCAUAGGCUAUCAGCUAAGCUUCUUCCUCCAACUCCCCAACCAGGUAUGCUUGAAUGAACAUAUACAUCAAUAUAUAGAGUUCUUGCAGUCAAUCAGAUGUUUAAGAACAUAAGACCUUCCUGUUUUUUGGUGUUAUUGUAUUCAUAUGAUUUUAAGAUAUUUAAUAUCAGAAUCCAUAUGUUUGUUGAGAAUCUGUGAGCCUACACUUGUUGAAUUGAAUCUAU